GCGGAUGUAAAUGUCAACAUUUUGUUUCCUAAAAUUUCUCAAAUGUUUUCAUAAAAUACUGUUUUAUGUGGAUUUGUUCGAAGUUUAAAAUAACACGCACGCAUAUUACACAUACCACGUGGAAUAGAGGAGAUGGCCUCAAAUCUCCUUAAGUCCACAAAUUAUGCUUCGAGUCUGUUGACAGGACUGAAGGACAUGCGUGACACAGCUGUCCUCUGCGACUUCACACUAGUGGCAGAGAAAAAUGAAUUCAAAGUUCACCAGGCUGUUUUGGCUGGAUGUAGCGAUUACUUCCGAGCUAUGUUUACUAUUGACAUGCAAGAGAAAGGGAAGAAUGUUAUCGAGUUAUUAGGUGUUCCAGCACAAGGACUGACAAUUCUCCUAGAUUUUAUCUAUAGCGGAGAACUAAGAUGCACAUUAGAUAAUAUAUCCGAUGUUCUUAUAGCCGCCACCCAUCUUCAAGUAACUGAUGCCAUCAACAUGUGCAAUAACUAUCUAGAGGAACUAACAGACAGGCAAAACUGCACAGAUAUGUACAAUGUUGGAGACCAUUUUGAUCUUCAGAAGGUCAAAGAUAAAGCUAUGGGAUACAUUCUUAGUCAUUUUGAAGAUAUCACUGACAAUGGAGAAUUAAUGAAAUUCAGUGCCAAAUUCUUGACAAUGAUCCUGGUCAAAGAUAGCCUGAGGAUUUCAUCUGAGUUGAAACUUUAUGAAACUGUGUUGUCAUGGAUACGGUUUGAUAGCCCAAACAGGUUGCAGUAUAUAUACAGCCUGAUGAGUUGUGUACGGUUCCCAUUGAUGUCCCCUGUCGAUCUAGUGGAGAAGGUCAUGACUGAACCAAUGAUGAAGGAGAACAUGCAAUGUUUAGAACUCAUCCUUGAGGCAAACUCAUUUCACAUGUUACCUGUUAGGAGGCCAUCAUUGGUGUCUCCACGCAUGCAGAUCAGAAAUGAACAAUUGAGUCUUAUUGCUUUUGAUAUUGAGGACAGUGAACGACUUGAGAGUACAAAUGUCCUUGAUGUGGAGACAUAUUCAUGGCACACAUUAUACAAUUGCAACCUAGAAACAUACCUUGGAGAGACUUGCUCUAUAGGAUCUUAUCUAUACAUGUGUGGGGGAAUUGAACUAUUCUCCUGUGCCCAUCCUGUAUCCGCAAAGUGCUACCGUUAUGACCCAAGAUUUGAUGAGUGGGAAAUGGUAGCCUCGAUGCAGGAACCGCGUCAUGAUUUUGCCUUAGCAUCUGAUGAUAAAUCCCUGUUUGCAAUAGGUGGUGUAAGUAGUGGUUCCAUUAAGGGUAUUGUCGAGCGAUACUCUCCAAGAAGGAAUCAGUGGUUGCCAUGUAAACCGCUUGUUAUUCCAGUCAAGGGUCUGGCUAGUUCCCACCAUGGCGGAAACAUUUAUAUCACAGGAGGGGAACAUACAGGCAAUGCAGUGUCUAAUAAACUAUGGAUGUAUAAUAUAAAACAAGACACGUGGCAUGAGAAAUCUCCAAUGCUACAAUGCAGGAUGGAUCAUGGAAUGUGCACAUAUCAAGACCAACUCUACGUCAUAGCUGGUUACGGCAAGAAUCUCUUCAAAGCUUAUGAUGUCCCCAACAUCGAAGUAUACAACAUAGAAUUGAAUCAGUGGACGAUUAUAUCCCAGAAUAGCCCUAAAACCAGCAGCAUCAAUGCGGUACUGAUUGAAACAAAGGUCUACCUGGUUGGUGGUUUCAGCUAUGAUGAUAACCAGAAAAGAAGCGAUGUAUUGUGCUACAAUAUAGACACAAAUGAGUGGGACAUUGUUGCAAAGAUUUCUGCUCCUGCAAUGUCAGUACCAUGUACUGCUAUAAGGUUACCCAAGAAUAUAUUUGAUUAAAGUCUACUUUAGGUUAUACAUUGGCUUUCCAAUUAAAAUAGCAUCGCACAAGUCAAGAUGCAUGAAGAUAUACUGGUAGUUAAUGGAUAACAUACGUAUGAACUAUACAUUUCUUUAAAGGAACUAGAAGGGAUAGAGUUCUAAGUUAACAAUUUUAUUUCACAUACAUUUAAGUCAGAGACCAAAAAGAUAUUUAGACUCCAUAUGACAUGUAUGAUACUUCAUGUAUCAAUAAGGAUGUUAAGCUAAACCUUUUUUGGCAAGCUUGUCGUGAAUGCCGAAUUAUUGUCCUCUGGGGAUAA